AUGAUCAACGGAAGGGUCUUGGUGAUAGGCUGUGGGGGGAUAGGAUGCGAGCUAUUGAAAUUGCUAGCAAAACAGAAUUUGAGGAGUAUAACAUUGAUAGACUGCGACACUAUUGAUCUUUCCAACCUAAAUAGGCAGUUUUUAUUUAAUAGGGAUGAUAUUGGAAAAAAUAAGGCAGUUGUGGCUGCAAGAACUUUCAAGAAGCUGAAUAAGAAAUGCAGGGUUCUUCCAAUAUGUGCCGAUAUCACAGAGUUUGACGCAAUGUUCUUUGCAAGAUAUAAGGUUGUAUAUAGUUGCCUAGACAAUGCUGAAGCAAGAAGCUAUGUAAACCAGAGAUGUCUCAUAUCGAACACCCCUCUGGUGGAUGGAGGAUGCGGAGGAUUCAAGGGGCAGGCGUAUUACUUUGAUUACAAUUCAGAGUGCUUUGAUUGUAUUCCAAGGAAGUUUUCGAAAGAAUAUUUGAUGUGCACAAUCCGGUCAAGGCCGACUAGGUUCGAGCAUUGUAUUAUAUGGGCAAAGUAUGUGCUUCUUGAAAUGAGGCUCAAAGUAGAUGAAAACAGCCAGGACUUUUACCAAAGAUUUUUAAAAGAUGUCAUAGAAAACUGUGAGGAUAUGUCCACUGCAGACAAACUAGAAAAGUUCAGGAACAGCGAAGACUACAAAGAAAGGACUAAAAAGAUUGUGGAAAUCUUGGGAAAGUUAGAUUCUAUUUUGUUCAACAAGGACAACCGGGAUAUCCUAGAGUAUAUUUAUAAUGCAGCAUAUAUAAGGGGGAGAUGUGCUGGGAUUGAACCCAUAUCAUUUGACGAAGCAGUUACGGUAGCAGGGAAUAUAAUACCAUCUCUAAGCACGAUAAACUCAAUAGUUGCAUCCCUAAUGAUGCUGUCUGUCAGGAAUAAAUGCAACUAUUAUUCUGUCGAUAAUGGAAAUGUCAUCAGAAGACUAGAAACAUGUGAAAGGAAUCCUGAGUGUUCCACCUGUUCCCACCAUUGGUACGUAAUUUCUUAUGAUGGGCCUUUGAUUUUUAGAAGGUUAAUUCGAUGUUUCCAAAAACAUAGCUUGGAGCUAGUUGCAUAUUCUGAUAAGAGGUUAUUUCUUACGUGUGACAUGACUGAGUACUUAGAUAAGGACCUCGAGUUCGAAAACAAUAGCAUUGGGGAGGUUAUAUGCAUGGAAAACAAUAAGAGAGUAAGGAUCUAUUUAUACUUCCUACGAAGGGGAGGGAAUCUAUCCUUCAGGAGGAUAUACAAAGCAAAGGAGUAG